AGUAAUAGCAGACGAAGAUGGAAAGAUGGCCGACUCGAUGAAAUAUGUAAAGUUGAAGCGAAGUGAAACGUGUGGUUUUGGGUUCUCUAUUCUGGGAGGAGCUGGCUCGGAGCUUCCACCAAUCAUUUAUGACAUCAUUGAAGGAUCCCCGGCAGCAAAUUCGCGUCAGCUGGCUCCAGGUGACAUCAUAUGGGAAGUCAAUGGGCAAGAGGUUAUCACAUUCACCACAAAGGAAGUUCUCAAUUGUCUUCGUUUAUCAACGUCAGAAGUGACACUUAAACUAAAAACUGAUGCAGGAAUUCAGCAGCGUGUACAACAAUACCUAGCAACACCAAACAAUCCUGAUGUAUUACGAACAGCGAUUACUCAGGAUGACCUGCAGGGUGUAAAACACAUCAAGGCCAAAAAAUCUUCCAGUAGAACACCGCCUGAACAGUCUUCUUCAACGCCACCUUCUCUUCCCAGUCCCACACUGUCUGAUGCCUCUGACAGAACAUCCAUCAGCCAUGGGUCAAACCAUACAGCAUCUGAGAAUGGUUUGCAUUUGAAAGAUAGAACAACAACAGAAAAUGAGCGAAACAGGCAGAAGAAACCCAAAAGUGAAGCGUACUUGAUGACAGGUGACCUUAUUUUGAAUCUUUCCCGGACUUCCCAUGAUCCCAGUUGGCUACCCCAGCAGAAAACUGUUGACGAUUUGCGAAAGUCAGGUAGCGCCAGUGUUCCCACAAGUCCUAACGAAACUGACAUAUGUGGUAGCAGGUUAGCCAAACAUGAAGUGGGAAGUCCGCAGAGUUUGUGUUCACCUGUGUCUGUUGAUAGUAAUGCUAGUGGUGUGCAAUUUACUUACCCCCCAACCAGUACUUCCGUGAGAAUAUCCAAGUCGGAAGAUCACCUGCAGUACCAGAAGGAUAAUAUGUGUGCAGUUAACAUAGAGCUUGAUGAUGAUGUAACGUCUUCACUAAACACCCUUCUAGAUACUUGUGAUGAUCAUAGCACUUCCCCUAUUCCUCAUGAGGACCGUGAUCGCCGCAUUGUAUGGACUUUUAAUGCCCCAACUUCCCCUGACAGUGUUCACUCAAGCCAUGAUUCUGACAGUCCCCUGAUCAGAUCUCCCUCCCCUACCUCACCCCAGUCUCCAACAUCCUCCAUGCAGUAUUCAUGUAGUGGAGUGUACGAUAAAAUGUGUAGUGGCCGUGAUUCGCUUGGCAGCUCUAACAGAUCUGAGAAUGUUUGCUCUAACAGCUCUAGCCUAACUAGUCCGGACACAGAUGUGCCUGAUGAACUUGAGUGGGAUGAUACAACUCCAACUUUGCAUAUCCCUUCCUCUUAUGUGAAUAGUUUUGGUACCAAAGAUUUUCUUCCCAACGGUCACAAUAUGGGUGGUGUAAUGACAUCUGAGAAUAGAGGCCUAGUUUCUGAUAAAGCCAAAGUAAAGAAACAGGAUGAAAAUCGGAUUGUAAUAAGAGUAGAAGGACCUGAUAAGAACAGCCGUAGAAAACGACCCCAACACUUACAAAAAAGUGGUGAGCCCCUUCAUUGUGAGCACCAGGACACUAAUGACCCCUUACGUGACCCUGAUAUAACCCCCACUAACACUCGCCCGCCCACCCCUGGCUCAGGCACCCUCUCCCCAGAUACACUUGCUUAUCAGGAGUUACGUGAAUCUGAGGAUGAAAUUACAUGUCUUUCAGAAGAAGACGGAACUGGCAAGGCUUCUAUACGAACCUCCAGCACCACCUCUCCUCCUCUUAGUGAGGAUGAGUCUGACAUUGACUCUCUGCACAGCUUUCACUACAGUCCCAAGGCUGUGGACAUCCCAUCUGCGGUUAGGUUGGCAAAGCGGCUUAUUACCCUUGAUGGCUUCAAGAAGUCCGAUGUUUCCAGACAUCUUUCUAAAAACAAUGAAUUCAGUAGAGCGGUUGCCGAGGAGUACCUUAACUACUUUGAGUUCCGUGGAGACACCCUGGAUAAGGCUCUUCGCAAGUUUCUAGACAAAUUUUGCCUAGCAGGGGAAACUCAGGAGAGAGAACGUGUCUUAGUUCAUUUCUCUCACCGAUUCUUAGAAUGUAAUCCUGGUACUUUCAACUCACAAGAUGCUGUUCACACCCUGACUUGUGCGCUGAUGCUGCUAAACACGGACCUUCAUGGGCAAAGUGUAGGGCGCAAGAUGACCUGUAAUGAGUUCAUCGACAAUCUGGCAGACCUUAAUGAUGGGGAAAAUUUUCCAAGAGAAGUGCUCAAGUCUCUAUACCAUGCCAUGCGUAAUCAGCCACUUCAGUGGGCCACUGAUGAUGAUGAUGGAGAGACAGAAGGUAGUGGGGCUAGCAAAUCAGGUGGUGCAGGUGGUGACUCGCAGGCAGCGGUGGGAAGCAACCCCUUCCUCGCACCACCAACUGGCAAUGGCAUUCAGUACAAGAAGGGGUACAUCAUGCGGAAGUGCUGCACUGAUCCUAAUGGAAAGAAAACUGCAUUUGGGAAGCGUUCGUGGAAAAUGUGGUUCUGUGUGAUACAGGAUUUAGUGCUGUAUUUGCACAAAGAUGAACAAGGAGCCCGACGUGGACCACAACAUGCUCAGUUAGGGCACAAUGCUAUUCGUCUGCAUCAUGCUCUUGCAACUCGAGCCCAUGAUUACUCUAAAAAGGAACAUGUUUUCCGAUUGCAGACAGCUGAUCAGGCUGAAUAUUUGCUACAGACAAGUGAUAGCAAAGAACUUCAGGCCUGGAUAGACACCAUCAACCUAGUGGCAGCAAGCCUUUCUGCAGCUCCGCUGCCUGGAGCUGUUGGCUCUCAACGCAAGUUCCAGCGGCCACUUCUUCCUUGUAGUAUCACAAAGCUCAAUCUGACUGAACAAGUUGAGGACCAUACACAGCGAUUAGCACAGCUAGAACAGGAGCUGGAGGACCACAAGGCUCACCCCCCUGAGAAAAAUAGCAAAGCCUAUUCCAUGUCCAAUUAUCGGGAAAAGGAAGCAUACCUCAUCAAGGAGGUGAAAAGAUAUCGAACAUAUGUAUAUCUUCUGCGUUCCCGGCUAACUUCUCAGCCACCUGGGCAGCAGGGUGCUGGAGCAGGAGUGGAUGUUGGUGAUCUUCCAGUGUUUGAAGCACGCCCAACUGGGGAGGGGGCUGAAGGGGGGGAUCGCGGGGGCCGUGUUGUUCCGCCACCCAUCCCUGAACGUGCGCGGCCAGGUGACAGCACCCCUCCAACAGUGGAGUUUCUUACUGACCCCCUUAUAGAGAAGACGGAGGCCUCAGUCACCACUCAGCUGGAGGUUACACUCACCACUCAACUCAAGCAAGAUCAAGCUCAGGCUGGGAAGGAUAAUAAUAAUGAAGGUAAGGAAGAUGGCUUAGAUGAGGAAAAUGGGAAAGGAAAUAAGGAAACUUUGAAGGUCAAGGAAGAGAAGGAAAAGAGGAAAUUAGAAAAAGAGACAGAGAAAUUCAUGAGGGAAUUAGGCAAAAAAGAAAAGGAAGCAGAGAAAAAGGAAAAAAUAAGAGUGAAGAAGGAGAAAGACCAAGAAAAGAAAGAAAAAGAGAAAGAAAGGAAAGAUCAAGGUAGACUUGAGAAAAUGGAGAAAGAAAAACAAGUAAAAAAUGAAAAAAAAUCAAAAGACAAGGAAGAUCAGGAGAAACAGGAUCAAUAUCUAACUGAAGGUGGUAAGAAGAGGAGUACAUCAAAUCCAGAUAAAACAGAAAAUGCCAAAAGUAAUGACAAGGACUCAGAUGAUGACCCGAGGAUUGGCACUUGGAACAGGCUCUCGGCUCUAUUCAAGUUCAGCAAGUUGAACAGCAAGAGUUACAAGUAUGAAGGUGAAGAUGCCAAUGGACAGGAUAAAAAGUGGCAGUCUUCUCUGGACCCAGAAGCUCCACCUCUUCCCCCCAAGCCUUCACCCAAUUCCCCUAUUAUGAAGAAUAUAGGGACAAGAGUUGAUAUAUAAAAAAUGAUAAUACUGUGCAUUUAAAAUAUCAUAGUUUCAUACAUAAUAUUUAUUUGAUGUUUUGUUUAAUUUUCUUAGGUUGAUCAAUGCAUUUGUUUGAUGUCUUCUCACCCUUAUGUUCUUACAUGUUGAUGCAGUUCACAUGUGUACAUGCUAUCUCACUAAUAUAGGAUUUUGUCUCAUAAAUAGGUGGUGCUGUAUGACCUUAAAAGUUUAGUGCUUGUGCAUGAUCAUCAUCUCACCAAAAGGUUGUAUCAGUAAUGAUAGUGUAGGAGUAUUUAUGAUUCAGUGAAAUAUUUAUAUAUUAAAUUAAGUAAAUCUAUACAGUAUUUAUUUAUAGUACGUAUUAAAAAACUUUCAUUAAUUUUAUAGUAUUAAAGAAAGAUAUACCCAUAACUCAAAGUACGUACAGUCUUUAGAUAAUUCAUAUGACAGAUGCCCUGGUAUAACCAGGACAUCUGUCAUAUGAGGAAAUUUCAGACAAGGUUAAAUACAUUCUGGGCCAUUACCAAGUCACGGUCCAGGAUGAUAAACUAUAAAGUCAUCUUAAGUCUCCUUUCCAAAUUGUGAGUUACUUGUGAAUCGUUCCAGCCACUGUAUUGUGACUAUUAUUGUUUAUUUUAGUAUACAGCACUUUGCUGAAGCUUUAAAGUAAAUUUGAAUCACUUCUUGAAGAAUUAUAAAAGCAAGUACAUUUGGCUUAAGUUUUGUAGUUGGGUUUAACCCGUAAACAGCCAAUGAUGUAAAUCUGCGCCAGCCGUGAGACUCUUGAUAACAAAUUUUCACCUAAAUUCUGUCACCUCCAAAAUGGUCCCAGUUGGCCUGGUUUUUGAUUACAUUAGAGAAAAAUCUGUGCCAUAGAUGUGUGCAGUAUUAAAGAAACUGUGUUGUGUGCAGGGUAUUAUGGAGCCAAUAAAUGCUCUUUACAUUUGUUUACAUUGUUUAGUGUGACUAAAAAAAAAUAAAAAAAUAAAUACAAGUGAGAUACAGUGGACCCCCGCAUAGCGAACUUAAUCCGUGCAAGAGGGCUGGUCGUUAAGCGAAAUGUUCGCUAUGCGAAUUAAUUUUCCCCAUAAGAAAUAAUGGAAAUAAAAUUAAUCCGUGCAAGACACCCAAAAGUAUGAAAAAAAAUUUUUUUUACCACAAAAAAAUGUUAAUUUUAGUACACACAAACUGAAAAAGGCAUGCACAAUUACAUGACACUUACUUUUAUUGAAGAUCUGGUGAUGAUUGAUGGGAUGGGAGGAGGGGAGAGAGAGUGUUAGUGUUUAGAAGGGGAAUCCCCUUCCAUUAGGACUUGAGGUAGCAAGUCCUUUUCCGGGGUUACUUCCCUUCUUCUUUUAAUGCCACUAGGCCCAAAGCUUCAGAGUCACUGGACCUCUGUCGCACAACAAAUCUGUCCAUAGAGCUCUGUACAUCCCGUUCCUUUACGAUUUGUCUAAAAUGGGCCAUAACAUUGUCAUUGAAAUAGUCACCAGCACGGCUUGCAACAGCUGUGUCAGGGUGAUUUUCAUCCAUAAAGGUUUGCAGUUCAACCCACUGUGCACACAUUUCCUUAAUUUUUGAAGUAGGCACAAUGGAUUCCACAACUGGCAUAGGCUUCUCAGGGUUACCCCCAAAAACCCUUCAAAAUCUUUCUUAAUUUCCAUACUAAUUCUCACCCUUUUUACCACAGGGUUGGCACUAGAAGCUUUCUUGGGGCCCAUGGUCACUUAUUUUCCAGAAACAGCACCGAAAACACUGUAAUAAUACGAAAUAUUCCGAGUGUAUGCUUGAAUGUUACCGCGGAGGCUGGCUGGUAAACAAUGGACGCGUCUCCGACGAAGGUCGCUGAGCGGGUUUUUGUCCACUAUGCGGGGCAAAAUUUUGGCGAACAAAGCGUUCGCUAUGCGGAUUGUUCGCUAUGCAAGGCGUUCGCUAUGCGGGGGUCCACUGUACUCUACUAUAUGGAAACAUAGAUAUAGGAAUAAAACAAAUGAUCCACAAAAAAAUAAUUAGAAAAGCUUCAAGAAAUCAUAAUACAUAUUUAAAAGAGUAAAACAGCAACUUCCUCAAUGGGGCAAGCACUCAUGUACAUUGACAUAUUUGGUCACAGAUGUCACUUUCAAGACUUCAUAUCUCCAUAAGUAAUAAUCAGAUUCUGUCAGGGAGCAUUUUUUGGUUAGAUAAUUUUUUUUUUUCAAAAUUGCCAGCAAUGGAGAGCACAUUAGAACCUUUGGCAGCUUAAGGGUUAAACCUAACACUGUUUUUUUUUUAUUCGCUGCUGUGCACCACUUUCCAUAAAAAAAAAAAAAUAACACAUCUGCCAUUUCCAACCCUCUGCUUUAUGGAUUAUUUGGAACAGGCAAUAAAUAUUAAUUGGAGGAUUCUUCAGAAUCUCAUUUAGCACUGCACGACAUAUUUGUAUAGAACACUUGCUUUUUAACCCUUAAACGGUCCAAACAUAUACAUAUACAUUUUUUCAACAUCUGAAAGUAUGUAAAAAAAAUGUAGAUCUUCCUUUUUGUUUUACAUUUGAAGACGUGUAAAAAAAACUUUUAUCUACUUUUUUUUUUGUUAUAUUUGAAAAAAUGUAAAAAAAAGUAGAUCUACUUUUGUAGCACUACGAAUUUGAACGUCGAUCUGUUUGGACCGUUUAAGGGUUAGUAUGUAAUAAUAGUAAUUCGGGAUCUGUGAAUUCCAAGGUUGAGAGGGAAAAUGGGGGUAGUGGCCAGCAAGUGAGGAAUCAAGUGAGAGAUGGAACUAGUGAGAGAAAUUAGGAGCAAGCAAAAGAGGACAAGUGAAUAUGAGAGAGUGUCAGCAGGCAGGUAAAUGAGCUAGAGGGAGAGAAAGAAAAUGAGUGAGCAAACGGAGGAGGAGGAAGGGCAGAUAAGAACAAGUGUGCAAAUGAAAGAAUGUAAAGGCAUGCUAAGGAGAGAGAGAGAGAGGGUGAGUGAGCAUACAAGAGAGAAAGCAAUGAGUAUGGAAUAACCCUUUUUUCUUAAUCAUCAGCCCGUAUUUUUUCAAGGCAGGGUUACCCAAGGAAAGAAACACAUUCACCAUCAAUCAUUCAAGAGAAUUAUUUCUUAAAGUGUACAGAUAAAGCAAUUCAAAUAACCCUCUGAAAUAAUAUAUCCCCUUUCAUUCUUCAGAGUACACUGUUCUUACCUCCAGAACUCAAGUCUGGCAAACAGGUUUCUCUGAAUUCCUUCGUACUCCAACAGCAUGUCAAUUCUCAAAAAACUACUUGUUCCCACUCAUUCUGAUCCUAUCAAGCUCACUCAUGCUUGCUGGAUGCUUGAUCUUAUAGCACUGGAUGCUUGAUCUUAUAGCACUGGAUGCUUGAUCUUAUAGCACUGGAUGCUUGAUCUUAUAGCACUGGAUGCUUAACCUUAUAGCACUGGAUGCUUGAUCUUAUAGCACUGGAUGCUUGAUCUUAUAGCACUGGAUGCUUGAUCCUAUAGCACUUUACACCCUCCUCCUAACCUUUUCUGGGUUUUUUCCUUACAGUACCCUCCACCCAUUCCAGAUUUAUAAGUUCUCUUUGUCAACUUUACUAUAUGAUCCAGUCAUCUCAAGAAUUCCUCUGCUCUCUUGCAUUAUACCUCUCAUAUCAGUAUGCUGUCCUUUAAUUUCUUCACUCAUUAUCUGUAUGGUAUUCACACCACGUAUUGAGCUCAAUGUGUGUGUUGCUAUUGGUAUAUACUUUGUUACAAUAAAUUC